CAUAAGUGGAAUAUCACUUUUGGGUAUACCUACAGAAGUUUAUGUUUAUGGCAUUCAAUAUGGAUAUAUAAUCGGAGGAUUCUUCAUUAUGACUAUUGUGAUGUCAAGCGUUUAUCUGCCUGUCUUCCAUGGACUAGAACUGACAUCAACAUAUGAGUAUCACGAACGAAGAUUUGAUUCCAAGGUUCGUUUCUUUGCUUCAGUACUUUUCGCAAUUAGUUCAAUUACAUGGUUGCCUUUAGUAAUAUACGUACCUGCUUUGGCAUUUAAUCAAGUAACUGAAAUCAAUGUUCAUCUAAUAACACCUGUCGUAUGUCUUAUAUGCAUAAUUUAUACCUCAAUGGGUGGAAUCAAAGCAGUGGUAUGGACUGAUGUAAUUCAAAUUACUUUAAUGAUAUGUGCCCUUCUUCUGGUUGCUAUUAAAGGAACAUUAGAUAUAGGUGGAAUUACUAAUGUAAUACAGAGAAAUUUACAGACUGGAAGAAUUGAGGGUCCUAAUUUCGACAUUGACCCUUUAGCAAGACAUACCCUGUGGUCUUUAAUGAUCGGUGGCUUUGCUUACGUAAUGCAAGCUGGAGCAGUAAACCAAAAUAUGGUUCAGAGGUAUUUGGCAUUACCUACUUUAACGUCAGCAAGAAGAGCAUUAUGGUGUUUCUUUGGUGGCAUUGUGUUAAUAAUAUUAGUGUGUUGUUAUAUGGGUUUACUAAUAUAUGCAACUUUUUAUAAAUGUGAUCCUUUAACUACAAUGUUGGUACGUGAAAAGGACCAACUUCUUCCACUACUUGUAAUGACAGUUUUUGGAAGUAUACCUGGACUUCCUGGAAUAUGUUUGGCUGGAAAUUUUAGUGCUGCUCUAAGUUCUUUAUCUACUGGUUUAAAUUCAAUGGCUGCAGUAGUACUAGAAGACUUUUACCGUCCAUUUUUUCAUAAAGAUAUCAACGAAAAGCACUACAACUUUGUCUUGAAACUUACAGUAAUUAUUUUCGGAGCAAUUUGCGUAGGCUUGGUGUUUGUAGUUGAAAAAUUGGGAUCGGUAUUACAAUUAACAAUGAGUAUUGGCGCAAUUGCCAGUGGACCAUCACUGGCAUUAUUUACAAUGGGAAUGCUAAUUCCAUGGAUCAAUUCAAGAGGUGCUCUCUAUGGUGGAAUAUCGUCACUAGUUUUUAUGGGAUGGUUUUGUUUGCGGACUCAAACGCUGAUCGCGUCUGGUGAUCUCACCUUUCCAGAAAAACCUGUCACAACUGAAGGUUGUCACUAUAGCUUUACUCCGAAGCAAUCUUCUUCGGUUAAUAUGCAGUUUGACCCCUCAGUUAAUGUUACCGAUGUUUUACACACAGAGUAGCGAACAAUAUAUGAUAUACCGUUUGUCUUAUUUAUGGUACACCCUAAUGGGUGGUUUUGUGGCGAUAUUCGUAG